AUAUUUUCUGAUUGAGGAGUCAUAAAUUAAAAUCAUUCAAAAGCCUCCUAAAUCUGAAGUCUUCCCUCCGCUCUCUUCCUCCCCUUUGAUGUAGUAUUCUGUGGAGUGUGGUAGAGGGUGUAUAUUGUCUGUGAUUUAUAGCUGUGGAAGUCUUUCAAAGAUUUCUAGACCAUUUCGACUGUGAUCAAAUGUUCCUUUUUGUUGAAGCCAGUGAGCUUGAGAAUAUUAAUACGUAUUAACUUUGUAAUUUGUAAGCCAGUGAUGUCUGUCUAUUAUAUGCAGUUUUCUUUGACUUCUAAUCGCAUUCUUCUUGAUGAAAGAUUACAUUAUUCUCCAAUAGUAAGUAUUAAACUCUGAUGAUCAAACUCUCGGCUGAAUUAUCACCAAGAUUCAUUCCUUUAUUGGACUUUACUAACGGCCAUUAGCUGUUUUGUUUUGUUUUUUUGUUUGAGUAAAUAUAUCCUGGAACUUGAAUAAUUAAGGCCACAUUCUCUGGGGGUUUAAACUUUGUGAAUUGUAGUUAAAUCAUGCCCAUACAGCACAGAAUGUAAAGAAAGCUGUAAUUAAAUCUUCAGCUUAAUUUUUGGGGUCGUGAGUCUAAUCCCCCAGGGUUUUGUUUAUAUUUGUAUGUACAUAUUAUUUUGUUUUGACAUGUUUUAACCAAUGUGAUUUAAAAGGCAAUUUAACUAGUAAAAACUUCUGUGGGUAUUUCACAGUUAUAAAGAUAUUCGUCGCAGAGUGAAGCUUACAUAUGAUCUGUACUCUGUCCAUGUCAUUGUCAUGCUUUAAUUUGGAACUCAUACGUGAUAUGAUUACCGGUAAUUAGACGGAAUAUUCAAAUGGAGACCCUCCAUGUGAACUCCCCCACCCCCAAGCUGUCGGAGCGAUGUGAGACCAGUCUGUCCAUGCUGUCCUCAGGCCAGGACUGCUGUCGGAUUUGUCAGUGUGAGGUGUGCGAGAUCGAGGAUGACUCGCCCCUCAUUGCGCCCUGCCUCUGUGACGGCAGCAUGAAAUUUGUACACCAGGAGUGUCUACAGAAGUGGAUCAAAAGCUCCGACAAAGAAUGCUGCGAGCUCUGUAAAUACGAGUACAAGAUGACGUCCAAAGUCAAACCAUUCAGAAAGUGGGAGAGACUUCAGAUGUCCGCCGUGGAGAGACGCAAGAUAACGUGUUCUGUGACAUUCCAUGUGAUCGCCAUCACGUGUGUCAUCUGGUCGCUGUAUGUGCUAAUCGACAGAACCACGGAGGAGGUAGAACAAGGGGCGUUAGACUGGCCGUUCUGGACCAAACUUAUCGUGGUCGCCAUCGGCUUUACAGGGGGCCUCGUUUUCAUGUACGUCCAGUGCAAAAUGUAUGUCAGACUCUGUCGUAAAUGGAAGGCAUACAAUAGAAUGAUCACAGUGGAAAAUGUGCCAGAUGAAGUGAGGGUGAAGGCCAUAGCGACGUAUACGUCCCCUGAGAAAGCAAAGAUUGCGCAGGAAGAGCGGGAAGGGGGAAUAAUCAACGAGAGCUUGACUACCGAUUCUGAACUGUUGUAGUGACUAUCUACCUAUAUAUUUGUAGUUGUCAAUACUGGGAAUUUCUGUAUAUUGUAUAAAUAUGUUAUUUAAUUAUUAAUUACAUUCCACAUUUAAAUCGAAACCAUCAUCAACAGAAUAAAAUUACACAAAUUUCUACACUUGAAUUAAGCCUGAAAUUUAUUUUUUUUAUGAAUCCCACAGACUUUAUGAAAUUCCUUUGAUUUUUUUUUAUUACAAAGUUAGUGAUACAAAACUAAGUGCUUUUCAGUUGAUUUUGUUGUGACUGAAUGGAACCUGUUAAACUUGCACCCUUCAUAGUGUACUGGGUGAUUAUAAAGGAACCUGUUUAACUUGAUAAAUUGAAAUGCACCUGAUAUAUAUACAUGUAUAUCACACGAUAUAGUUAUGUAACAGGUCUAUCAACAUUAUGUUGUAGAAUUGACUAGUCCUUGAUCUUUACAUAUCAUUUACAGAAUCUUUCAUUUUGUUAUCUUUUUCCCUGCCUUAAUUGAUUCUUGGUUGUUCUUUUUUUUGCAUGCUUUACACUGUGCCAAACAACUUGGAAGUAGGAUUUCUGGGUGUGAAAGUCGACUGUUAAUGUCCAUUGUACUUUGAUUUGUUGUGACUGUGGUUAUAUUUAAUUUAUUGUAAUAUUUAAGUCAGUUAAAUAGAAUUCCUCCUCUGAUUGUAUUGACCAUGUUUGAUGUACUCUAUUUUGUUUGAUUGUGUGCUUUAUGAACAAGUUUAGUGGAUUAUGUCCCUUCGUGAGGUAUGAACAAAUUAUUGUUAGUUUUGUCUGUCUCUUAGUCUGUUUGUCUGUCUGUCUAAAGAUGUUUUGGAAUGAUGGAUGGAAGGUCAAAUGAUGGCCAAGUUCAUGUACUUCUGGUGAAGGUUAUUUUAGGACCAGAUUCAGAACUCUUUUUGGGGGGACGGGAAUUGUAUAUACUUGAUUUGAACUUUUUAGGGGGGAGAGGAUUCAGGAUUUGGAUGUACAUGUUAACUCCUUCACUUCCAACAAAGAUCAUUUCACCAGCAUUUUCCAAAAUAAGUCUGUAUACCUGUGUGUAAACUAUUGAAGUAAAUAUCAUUUGGUGCUAAAUCAUCUUUCAACUCUCUGAAACAGCCAGAUGUCUAUUGGUGUAUUUUCUGUUGGUUUUUGUAUUGUAAGAAGGAACCUAAUUCUAUUACAGUCCCUUUAUAUGUUGUUUGAACUUUAGAGGUACUAAUACUUGCUACUGUUUUUGUUUUAACUGUGAACUAUGAUAGUCAUUGUCAGAGCCCCAGGGUUCCAGGUUGACCCACUGUGAAAUAAAUCCAGGUGUAGUAAAUACUGUACUCUAGGUAAUCUAUAUUAUUUGUUUCUGAAAGGUUGACGGCCUGUAUUUUCUGUAUUAUAUAAUUUUUCAUCAUGUUCAAAUGAAGCAUCAUCAGUCACUUAUUACUAGGAUAGGCUUCAGCAGAGCAUUGCAAGCACCUGCUGAUUGAAGACGUCAUCAUAGGAGUAUGAACUACAUCAUCUAACGAGUGUACAGCUUUAAACUAUAAUUAUAUCAUCAUCUUCAGAGAAAAAAAUGAUUCCAUUGUAGAAAUCCACAUCCCACUGUAUGGAUUAUUGUGAAUUUAAGUGUACAAAGUUAUCCAUGUAAAAAUACAUUUGCUAUUCUUUAAAUUAAAGAUGUAGUUGAUAACAUUACAUUAAUUUUAGCUAUAUUAUAUUUGAUAAGAAAUACUUGUUAAAGGACUUACUCAUACAUGUACUUCAUAAAUAAUUUAUUUUAAAAUAAUGUUCAAAUGCAGGCACAAUAAAAAGGAAUAGGGGGUGGGGUAGUUUUUAAAAAUUAAAAAAAAAAGUUGUUGAUAUUGUUUGUAAAUGAAUUCUUAAUUGAAUAAAGCAUAAAAUCAUCAAA